GCUUGUCCAGAAACAGCCUCAGAUUUAUUCUUGGGAACGCUGGUCUGAACUGAAAACCAGGGUUAUGGAGGACAAUAUUCCCCCCUGUCCUUUUGAUCCUACACAUCGUUUCCAUGCCGUACUGCUGGACCAGAGAAGCAGGCUUCAUGAGCACGUCAAGAAUCUCCGCGAGAUCUCGAGGAGAAUCAACAAACUGCACAGACGCUCUCUGAUUGCCAAUUGCACAGGGAGCUCAUUAAGUGCAGCAGGAGCCAUUACAGCCAUUGUGGGGCUGUCCUUAAGCCCUGCUACUUUAGGGGCAUCCCUUUUGGCUUCUGGUGUGGGCUUAGGAGUAGCAGCUGCCGGAGGGGCUGUCACAGUGUCCUCUGACAUCUCCUUAGUCCUCUCUAAUUCCAAGGAGGUCAGGAAGGUAAAGGAGAUUGCGGUGAGCUGUCACGGUCAGAUGAGGGAAAUCAUGCACUGCCUGGAGUUUUUACACCGGAGUCACAGCCCAACAGAUCCGAUCUUACUGCAGGCUGAGAAAAAUGCAUCUGUUGCACUGUACAAUUCCAUUUGCUUCAUGGUGUUCUGUGGCUCGCACGGCUUCCUGGUCCCUGAGCACACAGAAGAGGUGACAAAAGUGAGCCAUGCUGUGCUUAAAGCAAAAGCCCAGAAGCUGGCAGAAAACCUAGAAGCAUGUGUAAGACCCAUGGAUGAAAUCUGUGGACUUCUGGAGAACAGGAGAGAAUUCCCCUUGAACACAAAAACACCAUCACCUUAGGAAGAUCAUGUCAGUGGCCAAAUCAAUCUUGAGCAUCAGCAAUACUUCUCCUGCUUACCUCCCCGCCCGUGAUUUCUUCUGAAAACAGUGAUGGGUGCUAAAAGACCUAAAACACACUGUGGUGCUGUUGUUACUAAAAGGAUUGUGCCGAGCCAGAGUUUUCUCCAUUCCUCAAUGCUUGCAGGCAGCCAGCACUCCUCUAGGGCUCAGUCUGUAUUGCUCUCCUGCUACGUCUAUGCACUGCAAAUAGAGGCCAUAGUUGCACCAGUUUCAGUAUAUUCUAUAUCAGCACAUUCCAAGGUAUGAUAUCUGCAUAAGGCUGUCUCACAGCACAUCAUAGCUUGCUUUUAUUGGGAGGAGGGAGACUCCCAUGCUUCUGAUUUUGUGCUAAGACACUGAAUUGGAUGCAAAUGAUGCUUCCGUACACAUAUACUCUGAUUUUUUCCCUCUCUCUUCAUGAUAAUCAAUCAAGAGUUGGGAACAUUUGCCAAAGCUCUGAUUUGUCUCCCACAGUGCUGAGCUAGGUAAAAACAGUGGCCAUGAUGGAACUGCAGCCAACCUAGGAAGGAAAUGACUGGAGAUUCCAGAAUCUGCGGUUCCCAAAACUCAAUGAGGCAGAUAACGAGGGCUCAAAGGCCAGAGAGCCCUAUAUGAAACGGAAUAUUUUCCGAUGAUGCUCUUAGUAGCGGAUGGGAAUUGCCUGACAAGUGUGGCAGGAGUUUAAUCAAUUUUGCUUUGCCUUGCCCCCUGACUUCAUACACACUGUCAUGCAUUCUUCCAGAAGAGGCUGGUGCAUUAAGGCAAAUGGAGCCCUGCCACACCAAGUCUUGAUUCCUCCAAGCCCACCUGCCUGCCUUCUUCCUUAAAACCAGCCCAAGGGAGUGGCCCCCGGCUGUCUCUUCCUUAGUCUUCCUCUUCCUUAGUCUGUUUUGUUCUUGUAAAACUCAGCAGGGAGGAGGAGGGGGGAGCAGAAUAGAAUGGGUUGGUUCCACUGCCAUUGGCUGUGGCUCACAUACUGUUGGCCUCCUUGCCUUCUGCCCUACCAGUCUCAAUGGGCACCACUGCAACCUUCCCAGCUUUACCUAUCAUCACCCGUCUUCGGCAUGUGCCUUUUCCAUACCAUGUGUUCAGGAACAUUGUAUUGAUGGGGUGUUGCUGUUCCUGUUGUAUUUAUUUCUUUUAGGUAAUUUUAAAACUGUUUUUCAGUUUCUAUUUAAAGAAAUACUGUCAGCCUGAGAUGGAAGCAUUCAUUCUACAGGGCCAUCUAUGACUUGUUUGAUGCCAUUCUCCUUGUUAGUUUUUUCCAUCAAAACACCCGUGAAAGAUGGCAGAAAAGGCGGGGUGAGCAAAUCAAGAAUUCAUCCCUGAACGAAAAUACCACUUCACCUUUGUUCUUCAGAUUUGGGAUUACUCUCAACAAGUCAGUCACUUCUGCAUAUACCUGCAAAUGUCUGUUGUUGUUUAUUUAUUUCAUUAUUUAUUGGCUGCCUUUCAAGCUUAUCCUUUCCAAAGCGGCUCACACACAUAUUAAAAUUCAAACUGUUACAAGUAUAAAAUCGUAAUGAAAAGACAACGCAUCUAAAAACAUCUUACUGGAAUAAGCAAUCAUCGUCAGUGUACUAUUUGACUUUUGUAUAGGAAAGUCUUUGCAAACUGAGUUUCCUUUGGAAAUCUCCCCCCAGGCCUGCUAGUGUUCUUAUUAAAUAAAUAAAAAAACAGCCCCCCAAAAUAAAUUUAUUCAGCAAUGUACAGACUGCCAAGGAUUUACAGGAGUGUAGCAGGCAAAGUAGUCAGUACCAAUUUGAAAGGAGCUUCACAAUAUGAACCUGUGUGUGUGUACUCAGAAGUAAGCCUCACUGAGUUCAAUAGGGCUUAUUCCAAAAUAAGGGUGAAUAGGUUUGCAGCUGCAGUGCAGGCCUUAUGAGUUUCACAAGCUAACACAGGGCUGGGGAACCUGUGGCUCUCCAGAUGUUGUUUGACGACAACUUCCAUCACCCCUGACCAGGCACUGGCCACAAUGGCUGGGUCUGAUGUGAUGUGGAGUCCAACAAUAUCUGGAGGGCCACAAAUUCUCCAUCCCUACGCUAAUAGCCCAACAGGUUGUUUCUGUUCAGACAGGGCAACCAGCAGCUAACAGAACUGGAAUGACGCUCACUUUUCCCAGGCUCCAUCUGCGACAUUUAGAAAAACUUUACAUUUCAUGUAUAUGGCACUUUGCACAGCAAGAACAGUCCAUUUUGAAUCCAUUUAAACCAUUAGUCUUCUACUUUUUCAGACCCAGAAUCCAUUUAUUUUUUUACCAUAAAUUUGUAUAGUAGUAGUGCUGCUGUCGUGACCCAUCUUAGAUCAGGGUGUGACCUCGUAAUAGGUCCCAACCCAUUAACUCAACACCAGUUUUUUAAGCAACUUCUUCAGGAUGAGGCUGGCAGCUGCUGCUUUUAAAUUUGUUUUAGUUAGCAGCUGUGUUUCUUACAUUAGCCUCUGUUGCUUCAUCCAGCUAGAAGCUGGGACAUAACAAAUGACUAGGCCAUUACCUCACACAACUGGUCCCCAGAGAAGUUUGUGAGGUUACUUAAGGACUGUCACAGAUUAUGGAUCUCUUAAGACAGAGCUUAUGAUAUGUAAAUGUUUGUGUGCAGACAUAACAGUGAUUUGUGACACCAGUUUGUGCCUAUACAACACUGCUGAGGAGCAAGAACUAAGCAGAAGAUGGGAUAACAAAGGCUAGAUAGCAAAGGUGGAGGUUUCAAGUACAAAGGAAAUCAAAAGGGAUCAAAAGUCAACCGAGAGAUGUUGUGUUGGUGGUUGGGGACUGGAUAAUAAGAAGAUUCCAAAGUUUUGUAUGUCUGCAGUUUAUUUUAGAAAGACAACAUUUGCUUGCUGGUUUCAUGGCAGAUUCAGAUUUCAUGAUGCAGAAGUUCACAUUAAUUUAGGAUCAGUUUGCACUUGCCACAGUAAGGUUUGUGACUUUUCCUAGGUGUGCUAUCCCACAUACACCUACAGGCACAUGAAAGAGGGAGCAAUUUCUGUUAAUGCUCAUAAGGAUCUCAUACCACUGAAACAUAUACCUUGUAUUUCAGCAACAAAGUAUCUCUGCAGAUGCUGUUAGAAUUAACUGCCUCUAAGGUGUGCAUCUGGGGGUGUAUUGCUGUGGUAUAGUAUCUCUAGAGGAACAGCAAUGAAACGAUGGGAGGAAAGUGCAGUGGGCAAGUUACAUACAAACACCCUUUAUGUGAGUGCAGUGCAGGGGACACUGCAGUCAUGACACAUAAUGGUACUGAUGACCUGCGAAGAUACUGAGAUGGUUUGAAAGAUACAUGUAAGUGUAUUUCUCUCUGCUUAGACACAGAUUAUCAAUUCAGUGAGAACUAGGCUAUAGAUUACAAGCAUUAAUGCUAUAUUUGAAAGAUUUAUUUGAUGCGCUUUGUUUCCUCGACUGUGGCUAAUCUGAAAGGAGAGGCUUUAGAAUCUUAAAAGUGUGAAUGGUGAGUAAGUGACAAGAUUUAAAUGUACUGGUUCCUAAGGAAUUUGGGUAUAGUUAACUGCACAGCAAAUGUUGACACUGGUCUUCGACUUCCUGCUUUUUGGGGAACAGAUAAAAAAGUGGCCAAAAAGAUCUCCUAGUUAUUUUGGGACAUUUGUAAAACCAAGGAACAACGUCCACAGAUUACUAAUUCUGAUGGAAUACAAAUUAAAUGAAUGU